GCGUCCCGCAUUGCUGGUGAAGUGCAGAGGCAGUCAAGUUUGGAGUUUGAGGCAGAGAGCUUGCACACGCCUCUUCUCUGUGGAUUUAUUUUGUGGGACACAAGCGUUUGAAGUUUAACGAGAGACAGUAGGGGAAGGUGCAAAUCAAGCCGAUGACAGAGGAGUCAGAGAGAGGGGAGAGGGAAACCAUUCUGUCCCCGGUUACGUCCUGCAGUGCGGCCUGAUGCAUGUUGAUUUAGAGUGAUCCUGUGCUGCUCUGCAUCUCAGGCUGCCUCUGCCUGGUACCGCUGCAGAGACGAGCACAGGGAGGCACAGACAGCCGGGACGAGACGCCAUCGCAGGAAGACGGCAUCUGAAAGGGGGUGGGCUGCCAAAACGUAAAGAUAAAUGUGCAACCUAAUCCGUCGUCUUUGAAGCCUCUUUUCCACCGGUCAGGCUGCAUUUUGCUGCGUAACCGUGGUGAUGUCUCUCCUGCACGUCGAUACCCAGGUGGACUUUUUUGCACCGGACUGCUGGUAACUCUUUUCUGCUGCUCCCCUCAUCUCAGAGAGGCAGUUUAAGAUAAUCCCCCGAGUUUGUAUGCAGCAUGAAUCAUUUACAUUUUGUUAAUGAAGCGUGACUGAGACGAUGGCCGCAGCUGACAGGAUACCUGCUGGGCUCGCAGAUGGGCACGGAGAUGCACCCUCUGCCUUCUGCCGGUGAUUUGCCCUCGCCUCCUCGCGCUCUGCUCUCCGUCGAGGUGGCACCGAGGAGCGACGCCGCCAGCAGGGUGUCGCCGGGCACAGCGGGGUUUGGUACACACAGCCGAGGGGCAGGUGUCUGGGCAGCUCAGUGAAAAUGGCUCAUCUGAAAGUUCUCGACUGUAUGCUUAACAACAACUGGAGCCUGAUCUGUGAUCUGUACUGCGCCUGGAGCAAUCAGGCCAAGCAGAAGGAUGGGCGCGACCAGAGCGAGGCGUCGGCGAUGGCUUCUCCUGGGGCCGAGGAGGAGCCUUUCUCCUGGCCGGGGCCCAAAACGCUUCACCUGCGCCGGACAUCCCAGGGCUUCGGCUUCACGCUGCGACACUUCAUCGUCUACCCGCCCGAAUCUGCCGUCCACAACUCAUUAAAGGAUGAAGAAAAUGGCAGCCGAGGGAGACAGAGGAACCGUCUGGAGCCAAUGGACACCAUUUUCGUCAAGCAAGUGAAGGAGGGAGGCCCCGCCCACGGAGCUGGACUCUGUACAGGGGAUCGGAUAGUGAAAGUGAACGGAGAAAGCAUCAUUGGAAAGACCUACUCGCAAGUCAUAGCCUUGAUCCAGAACAGCGAUGCUUCGCUGGAACUCUGUGUGAUGCCAAAGGAUGAGGACAUUUUGCAGCUGUUUUCCAGGGAUAUCACUGCUCUGGCAUAUUCCCAGGAUGCAUACCUCAAAGGAAAUGAGGCAUACAGCGGAAAUGCCCAGAACAUCCCCGAGCCUCCUCCCAUAUGCUACCCUCGGAUAGAGGUUAAGGCUGCGGGCAUGGCGCAGUCAUCGGAGCCUGCCGCAGUCAGCGAGACCCCCAGAGGGCCGGCGCAGGGACCGGGAAGGCGAGGGGGGGCUACGGAGAAGAGCUAUCGGAUGGAAAUCCCCGUUCCUCCGUCUCCUCCAGCGCAGCAGACGUCCAAGUCUCAAACGGUGGUGUGCGUCUGUAAUGAGAACGUGAGGACAGUGGCCAUGCCCCCUGAUCCGGUUGACAGGGGGUCCCGGGUGGCUCGGGCAGGACCCAGCCACAGGACGGAGGAGAACCGGUACAGCCCUUCAGACUCUGGCUCAGCUAGACCCAAACCCCUUAUUCCCUCAGUACCUGGGGGUGCACAGUUGCAAUACCCCUCUCCCCGCCCCACAGAGACUCAAGUCUACUCCCCUUCCUCGACUUCUAGACCUGGUGCUAUCUAUUCUGACACCUUAUCUCCAGCUGUCCGGGCCCCUACUGCUGCCUCACCAGACACAUUCUCCACUGCCGUCUCACCCAGCACCAACCACUACUCGCCCUCUCCCACGGCCCCCUCCACCUCCCCGCACCAGAACAUCGACUGGAGAACUUACACCACCUAUAAGGACUACAUUGACGCCAAGAGGCUGCACACGUAUGGCUGCCGCACCAUCCAAGAGCGCUUGGACAGUCUGCGAGCAGCCGCCAAUUCUAGUUCUGCCUACGCCCAGCAACGUACAACGUCUCCUCCUUGUACCAGUCAGAGAGGGGCAUCCCAGCUGAGGCGGAGGAGCGCGUCCAAUGACCGUGGAGUGGAUGCGAGUAGUCAGGGUACCGCAGUGACAACUCCAUUACGCAGCGUCUCCCAGGAGAGGCUCGGAGGUGGAGCAGAAAGGACAAUAGCGACAAGGAACUGGCCUCGUAGCGCGUCCCAGGAUGCUCUGCCUUUCUCCACCCCGACGGGAGUCACCAAGCCUCGUGCACGGUCGUGUGACUACCUGGGCCAGCAGUCUGGAGAGCUGGGAGGGAUUUUCUGUGGAGACCGGUCAGGGUUGGAGGACAGGUUGUUGCUCUGUCGUGGAGAGGAAGCUAGAGCUAGCAGGCAAGGAGCAGGCCUGAGAGCUUUACCUCAUCAGAACAGGAGUGUCAAUGGACAGGAGGAGGAAGGACGAGGAGGCGGUUUAUCUAAGUCACCUUUAGCUGCUCCUGUGUUUAGUAAAGGUACGACAGAUUCUGCACUACCAUCAAGGACCGACGGUCUCAUCAUGAGGCCAUCACGCCUGCCUGUCAAAACCGCCAACUUAGACCCCUCACCUGCCUUAUCCUCCACUAAAGCCACAGACCCUCUUAAAGACCAAAGAGCUAACAUCAUGGGCAACCACCUGGGCUACUCGUCCCCUCUGCACCUGCAGCUCAGGGGCAGAGCUGACAGUCUGAAAAUGGAGAGCAGGUCAGAGGCUGGGUUGGCAGCCAGGUCCUCCUCUUGCUCUGGUCCCUCGUCUAAACUGCCCAUACAGAGGCAGCUUCAAAGCGGAGUUGUCACCACCUCCUCUGGUUCCUCUACCACCAACGGCGCUGUGAACCAAAAGCCAAAGGUCAGAGAAACCUCUAGUUCCACCGGCGCACUUGUGCGGACUAAUGGCGGUCAUGCAGAGGGUGUAGAAGGACCUGAUGCAACGGUUGUGGUCCUCAGAAGGGACAAACACUCUGCAUCCGCUCACAUUCGCCCUCCGUCCUACGUACUAGCUGUUAAUGACAACCAGGGAGGAGUGACUCACAAGUCCCCACCACUGGUGAAGGCAGGCUCUGCAGAUGGAGUGAUGUGCUGGAUGUCUAAUGACAGCUGCAGGGAGAUGCAUCUAAGGAGGCUGGGAGACACACGGCAAACAUCCGGCUCCAAGAACCUGGAUGACUCCCUGGAUUCAAUCCCCUUCAUAGAUGAACCGUCCAGCCCCAGUAUUGACCUCGACAGCGCACAUAUUCCUGCGUCUGCGGUGAUAUCCACAGCACCAAUCAUCACCACCAUCCCACCCAGCCCGACUUCUCCGUCCCCUCUCAUUCGGCGCCAGCUCUCACACGACCAAGAUUCUCUCCGUCUCACAAUUAUUGAGUCAGAUUCUGGUACGAAAACCGAGCGGUCCAAGUCAUACGAUGAAGGCCUCGAUAACUACCGGGAGGAAAGCAGAGGGAGGUCCUUGAUACCUGGUCUGAAAAGUCUCCGGAAGGCUGUGGACAGGUCAUCAGAAGAUUCCGGCUCCAGAAGAGAUUCCUCCUCAGACGUCUUCUGUGACGCCACCAAGGAGGGUUUGCUGCAUUUCAAGCAGCUUCACACAGAUAAGGGCAAGCGUGUCGGAGGGGGUAUGAGGCCAUGGAAGCAGAUGUACGCCGUGCUGAGAGGUCACUACCUCUGCUUAUAUAAAGACAAAAAGGAGGGUCAAGCUCAUGCCAACUGCCAGGCCAUCGACGAGCCCCUGCCAAUCAGCAUCAAGGCCUGUCUGAUUGACAUCUCCUACAGCGACACGAAGCGUAAGAACGUGCUGAGACUGACCACGUCAGACUGCGAGUACCUGUUCCAGGCCGAGGACCGAGAGGACAUGCUGGCCUGGAUCAGAGUCAUACAGGAGAACAGCAACCUGGAUGAGGAGAACGCUAGCCAUGACCUCAUCAGCAGGAAGAUCAAGGAGUACAACACCUUGAUGAGUCCGACAGGCAGCAAGACGGAACCAUCGCCCAGACCUUCACGCCAGUCACUGAGCAUCAGGCAGACGCUGCUGGGAGGCAAAGGAGAGACCAAAGCCACAAGUCCACAUUCACCCAAACCCGAGCAGGAGAGGAAGAACAUGCACAAAGAUGACACCAGCCCUCCCAAGGAUAAAGGGACGUGGCGGAAAGGCAUCCCGGGGCUGAUGAGGAAACCUUUCGAGAAGAAACCGUCUCCAGGAGUCACGUUUGGAGUGAGACUGGAUGACUGUCCUCCUGCACAGAACAACAAGUUUGUGCCUCUGAUCGUGGAGGUUUGCUGUAAGCUGGUAGAAGAGAGAGGUUUGGAGUACACGGGCAUCUACAGAGUCCCUGGAAACAACGCUGCCAUCUCCAACAUGCAGGAGGAGCUCAAUAACAAGGGCAUGAAUGACAUCGAUAUCCAGGACGAUAAAUGGAGGGACCUGAAUGUGAUCAGCAGCUUACUGAAGUCCUUCUUUAGGAAACUGCCUGAGCCCUUGUUCACCAAUGACAGGUACACAGAUUUUAUAGAGGCCAACAGGAUAGAGGACCCAGUGGAGAGACUCAAAGUGCUCAAAAGACUACUUCACGAAUUACCAGAUCAUCAUUAUGAAACCCUCAAGUUCCUUUCAGCUCAUCUCAAAACUGUGGCUGAAAACUCAGAGAAAAACAAGAUGGAACCAAGGAACCUGGCCAUCGUGUUCGGCCCGACGCUGGUGCGCACCACCGAGGACAACAUGACCCACAUGGUGACACACAUGCCAGACCAGUACAAGAUAGUGGAGACCCUCAUUCAAAAUUACGACUGGUUUUUCACUGAAGUUGGAAACGGAGAUCCAGUGACUGUGUCCCAGGAGGAGAGUGCAGUGGAGUCUCAGCCCGUCCCGAACAUCGACCACCUGCUCACCAACAUCGGCCGUACCGGCACAUCGCAGGGUGAAGUAUCAGAUUCACCGACUAGUGACUCAGCUAAAUCAAAGGGUUCCUGGGGCUCAGGGAAGGACCAGUGCAGCAGAGAGCUCCUGGUCUCCUCCAUCUUUGCUGCAGCCAGCCGCAAAAGAAAGAAGUCAAAGGAGAAGCCGCAGCCUAGCAGCUCAGAUGACGAUCUGGACGCCGUGUUCCCCAAGAAGGAAACCACCGGCCAGAAGCCGACUGAGGCUCAGAGCGAGACUCGCCCCAGCCCCAACGCCAAGCAACAAGCACGGGCAGAAGAGAGGAAAGAGAACGGCAGAACUGUGGAGCUCACACCCAAAGCUAAGAGAGACCACCGGAACUCCUUAUUCCUGAAGGAGAAGACUCCGUCCAGACACCCUUCCCCUUCACCCUCCCCAAACAUCUCAGGCUCUCCCAACAUCAGCUACCAAGCGGCUCCUCAGGGGAAGUCCUCCCUGUCGGAUCCUCCGUCCCAGCUGGAUGAAAACACCUCAGACCUCGGGACGAUGAGCUCUGGAGCAUCGGUGCCUCGAUCAAGACCGAAAAAGUGGACGUUGGGAGCCUCGUCUGACCUGCCAGCAUCUGCCGGGCUGGGAGCAGGGGCAGGGGCGUCCGCCGGAGCAGAGGUGAGCUCCAUCACCUCCGACUACUCCACCACCUCCUCCAUCACCUUCCUGACCGGAGCAGAGUCUAGUGCGCUGAGCCCGGAGCUGCAAGGCGGGGAGGAGGCAGACGACGAACGCAGCGAGCUCAUUAGCGAGGGGCGACCCAUGGAGACGGACAGCGAGAGCGACUUCCCUGUUUUUGCUCCAGGAGGAGGCAGCAGCCAGUCGACGCCCUGCCCCGAGCAGAGCCAGGAGAAGACUGAGUCGAGAGCCGGAAGUGGUGCCGCCGCCGAGGGGAGCACCACGCCCAAACUGGAAGCACGGCGCCUUUUCCCGUCGCACAGGAUGAUCGAGUGCGACACCCUCUCCAGAAGGUGGUCUCUCAGACAGAAAACAGACAGCGAGUCGUCGGUAGAAGGUGCUGCUGGGAGCGGGGAGCGCGGCGAGGGAAGGGCGGAGUCUUCCACCAGGCUGUCGCGAGUCCUGGAGGUGAUGAAGAAAGGCCGAUCCACGAGCAGCCUCAGCUCGUCUUCACGCAGCGAGUCGGAGCGUCAGGAGCCCGCCUGGCACCUCAAGAUCACCGAGCGGCUCAAGUUCAGGCUACGAACGUCUGCGGACGACAUGUUCACCCAGAAGAACCGAACUCCGGACGCCCGCGGUAAGAAGAAGAACAUCCGCCGGAGGCACACCAUGGGCGGGCAGAGGGACUUCGCAGAGCUGGCGGUCAUCAAUGACUGGAGGGAGCAGGGCGGCGUGGACCAGGCGGCCGAGCUCUCAGCUCUGGACCGACUCAAACCCAGAUGCUCCUCUCAGGACUUCUCCAUCCGGGACUGGAUCGCCAGAGAGCGCUGCAGAGGCUCCGAGUCGAGCGGCGAGGUGGCGCCCAAAGCCGUGCCCGAGGACGAUCACCCGGAAGCUCCGGAUGCCGCACCGGAAAAACCUCUGCCUUCUGCCUCCCCGGGCGCUCAGCCACUCACCGGAGAACAGCUGAACGGCAGCGGGCUGCAGGGCAAAAACAAGGCCUCCCUCGGGGCGGACGCUCACCCACACAAACUCUCUGGAGCUCAAGUCGUCCGCUCACGGUUCUACCAGUAUCUGUGAAAUGAGGGGCGGGGCAAACGAAACCAGGAUGAAUGUGUAAAUGUACGAAUGUGGGUGUUUUAGCUGCGGUUACUGCACAAUAUUUUUUCUACAAAGUAUACUUUAUGUAUCUACUGUACAUACUGUGUAUAGGCUUUCAUGAUUGUUACUGGAAUAAUGCUGAAGAGAUGUUUAUGUGUGUAAUUCCGCUGACUUGUUACUGGAACAGACGAGGAAACAAAACACGGACUGUCUCCUGCAGGAUCUACUAAUGCGAGAAUGUGACGAGGAUUGUUUUUCAGCACUAAUAAAAGGCUCAACUCGAGUAUUACUGAGGAAAGCAGGAGGAAGACUGUUUUUAAAAAGGAAUCAUGGCUCAGUUCUUCCUCUUCUAAGAAUGUAUUACUCUUUUUUGGACUAACACUAGUUGCUUGUGACAAUACUGUCUUUUUCAGAAACAAUAUGUAUAUGUUUUUUCUUUUGUUUUUGUUUUGCCUGUACUUGAAGUACGUGGAAAAAACUGAGGGCUGCUUUCUGAGCUGGGUGCUGUGGGAAGUUUCUAUGUGUUUUUUUUCACAGUACAGUCACAACAGCCAGAUUAGCUUGAGGGAACUGGAGGAUUAUUAUAGUUUUAUCAAAUAAAGACUGAAAAACAGUAAUGAAAUGCUGAUACUAUAGUAUGUAAUGCUUGGUACAGUAGUUUUUAUUUCCAAACUUUGUCCAGUUAUAGUCCAAAAAGUACGUUUUUACAUAUGUGCGAAUUGUUUUUAUCUCAACAAGAAAAAGUGCCUCUUUUAUUUUUCUUUUUUUAAAACUGUUUUUAUAGACAGUUGUCAAUAAACCUCACAGGCAUUCCAGAUUUUUUCCUGUUUUUUUAGUUCAACUCACAGCAACGUCAGAGCGUUGAAUUCAUGUUUUUUGUUUCAGUAAUUAAUUUUUUUCUCCCCCUCUCUGUUUUUAAAGUGCAGUAAAAUGCAUGGGCGCUUGGGGAAAAAAAAAAGUGGGAGAAAAAGAUUUAUCUUUGGAACUGCAUGAGACAAUGUUUGCCCAGCAGUGAACAUCUCGCCUGUGUACAGCAGAACAUGGGUGUGAUGCCCCCCCAUCAGCAAACACUGGAAAUAAAUAAUCUUUAUUAGA